GGCAUCCGGGAGGGCCGGGGGGACUGCAUAUGCAAAGCCCUGCUUCAUAUUAAUGAGCAGCAAUCGUGGCUUUAAGUCCUUGAUUAGAAGAGUGCAAGAGCUUUUGGUCCCAACUGGCUGUGCCUAUAGGCUGUCACCGGGAGAACGGUCCUGUUAAUUGCACUGCUCAGUCACGGAAGGGAGAGAGAGGAGGAGGAGGUACAGAAAGAGAGAGAGAGGAGCGGAAACAGAGAAGCCAGAGAGAAAGAGAGAGAGAGAGAAAACUUUAAUUUAUAGAAGAGGUUUGCUCAAAUGAUGAUCGCAGAGCGCACAUGGAUUCGGUAGAACUUUCGCUCCCUGAGUGUUUUUCCCUGCACUCCGAACAACAAAUGAAUUUAUCAAAGGCCCAAGUUAAUAGCGAAGAUAAGUACGCCAAAUGCGGCGCUUGGAGAAGAACACAACAGCAAUACGACAUCGAGGCCAGUCACAUGCGUGAUGCACAUGCUCUAUAUAACCAAAGGCUGCUCUGCAGAAUGUCCAGCAAGGACCGCCACAUUGAGUCAAGUUGCCCCUCCUACAUAAAGACGGAACCUUCCAGCCCUGCCUCACUGACGGACAGCGUAAAUCACCACAGCCCCGGCGGCUCCUCAGACGCCAGCGGUAGCUACAGCUCCACCAUGAACGGCCAUCAGAACGGUCUGGACUCACCCACUCUUUAUGGCCCAACCGGUGCUCUGGGUCCAAGCGGAGCCGGAGCCAAGCGUUACGAGGACUGCUCCAGCACCAUCACGGAGGACUCGCAGAUUAAAUGCGAGUACAUGCUGAACUCCAUGCCCAAGCGCCUGUGUCUGGUGUGCGGGGACAUCGCCUCCGGCUACCAUUACGGAGUCGCCUCCUGCGAGGCCUGCAAGGCCUUUUUCAAGAGGACCAUUCAAGGAAACAUUGAGUACAGCUGCCCCGCCACCAAUGAAUGUGAGAUCACCAAACGUAGAAGGAAGUCCUGCCAAGCCUGCCGCUUCAUGAAGUGUCUGACCGUCGGCAUGAUGCGAGAAGGUGUUCGACUGGACCGCGUGCGUGGUGGAAGACAAAAGUACAAACGCCGGAUAGAUGCAGAAAACAGCCCCUAUUUGAACCCUCAACUGGCUCUGCCACCCAAAAAGCCAUCAGCAGUGGUUCUCAACCAUAAUGAGAAAAUCAUCAGAAGGAUGUAAAUUAGAAAGCCUGAGAAGAUCUACGCCAUGCCUGACCCCACCGUGCCCGACGACGACAUCAAAGCCCUGACCACGCUCUGCGACCUGGCAGACAGGGAAAAGGUCUGUUCUCGCGCCGCCUGGUGGUCAACAGUUGGCUGGGCCAAGCAUAUCCCAGGGUUUUCCACACUCUCGCUGGCGGACCAGAUGAGUCUUCUGCAGAGCGCGUGGAUGGAGAUCCUGAUCCUGCGUGUAGUCUACCGCUCGCUGUCUUUUGAGGACAAGUUGGUCUACGCUGAAGACUACAUCAUGGAUGAGGACCAAUCCAAGCUGGCUGGCCUGCUAGACCUGAAUAACGCUAUUCUUCAGCUGGUGAAGAAGUACAAGAGCAUGGAGCUUGAGAAGGAGGAGUUUGUCACUCUUAAAGCUAUAGCCCUGGCUAACUCAGAUUCCAUGCAUAUAGAGGACGUGGAAGCCGUGCAGAAGCUCCAGGACGUGUUGCACGAGGCCCUGCAGGACUACGAGGCGGGCCAACACCCGGAGGACCCGCGCCGGGCCGGCAAGCUGCUCAUGACCCUACCGCUGCUCCGGCAAACGUCCACCAAGGCAGUGCAGCACUUCUACAGCAUCAAACAGGACGGCAAAGUGCCCAUGCACAAACUGUUUCUGGAGCUGCUGGAGGCCAAGGUGUAACUCCAUCCCCGGCCCCAAGUUAAACCGACAGAGAGCUGGAGGGGGUACGUCAAUGACUGCACCCUCUUCACCAGGCAGACACUGACUAACUCUCUGCCGCUGUUCGUGAAACCUUUGUCUAUAAACUGUAAUAAUAACUAAAACAUAACCGUAAUGGUACUUCUAAUUACUGACAAUGAUACGUAAAUAUAAGAAUGAUUUAAAAUGUGAUUAUUGAGAAAAAUACGACUGCUUUCAUUAUUCAGCAGUGGGACUUGAAACCAGCCGUCGACUUGUUCUUCUCGAAAAUCUGAUGCUGAGUUUUUUUUGUGCUAUUGAGACAUUUGAUUGAUUUUCAAAAGAGAAAUUCUGGAGCCGAAAAAGACCAGCCCUGCCAAAGGAAGGAGGUCCACCCGGUGGACACCAGCAAGCGAAAAUUUCCCCGAACUGUACCGUCCAGCUCCCAUGUCACUGAAAGAAUCUAGGGAUCGACCCUCUUUACCAUAAGAGCGUGAUGUAGUGGCUAUGUGCAGUAUUACAUUAGAGGUCCUCGGAGCAGUUUAACAACGCGAUAGCCAAACGGAGAUUUUCACAUCUUUGAAGAAGCUGCUCCUCACCAUUACAUAGCCAUGCGGAUUGAUCAUGCGUAUGUCACUCACUUGUCGUUUUCUUUCAAGUCUUCCAAACACGUCUAGCCUCUUUUACCGAUUUCAUUUCGAUCUUUUCAGGGAAUAGCCGAAGCUUUAGUCUCUCAUUCAAUACCGAGCAAAGAGGAAUCGCAGUGGUCAAGGAACAGACUCAUUUAUUUAUUGACUUUCUUUUAUUAUGUUUUAUUCGAGUGUAUUUUUACUGUACUGAAGGAUGUAAAUAUAUGGUAUGGUCAUCAAACACGAUGUUUCUUCAUAUAAUGUUAAUAAUUGAUCGUUAUGUUUUUCUACCGACCACCGUGUUGCGCAAUGAAGACGAAAACCUGCUAUCUUCUCUAAGCAAUAGAUGUUUUAAAAAGUGGAGGUGUAAAUGUAUGCAAAUUUGUUUGUUUUUUUCUUAGUGCCACACUUACUUGGGAAAAUGAAUUUCCAGAAGCUUUCGCUUUUCUGUCUGUGCUUGUCAUAAGAUGAUAGAUUACAUACAUGAUAUGGCCAGAAGGACCAUAACCAUUAUCUCAAGCCAAUUAUAUAUGCAUAUAUAUAUUAACUUCAGCCUCGAAAUUCUAUUGACAUUCUUUCAUACUAAAGCAGUAUUUGAACUUUGUUAAGCAAAAUAGCACUUAGGGAAGACGGAGAAGCAUCGCAGGUUUAGUUUCACGACGGUCCUGAUUUUUACGCGGAAUAGCGGCAGAGAUAUCAUACACGUGACGUCAUUUUUAGCAGAGAGGCUCAAGUAUCAAAGCAAGCGAUCCACAGCCUUCAUCAGAAAUAUGUCAGUAUUAGUAUGGGGUAUUUUCUGAAUAUUCUUAAGCAUUGUAUAUUGUAAAUUAACAGAUUAUAAAUCUAACCUAAGACAUUUUAUUGGAACAGAUCAAAGAUAAAAAAAAGAAUGAAAAACGAACAAAAAAAAAAAUGUAGUUCAGCUUCUUGGUGUUUCAUGUCUGCUGUGUUUUUCUGAAACAUCUCUGUUUUUUUUCCCUUUCCUCUGUUACACGCAAAAGAUGUAGUGUACUACCCGUGGUGAUCGCAGGUCUCGCUGUUCUGUAUGCGUUCAUUUUCUUUCUGUUUUUUCUUUUCUAGUUUUGCUUCAUUUUUUUAGAGACGGGGUAGAAUUAGAGACAAUACUGGAUGUAUGAAUCCUCAGGAGCAAGAUGAUGGGUUCUUAAAUAACCUUUUGAAAAAAGACUCUUCCUAGUUACCGCUAGAUCAGCCGAUCAACGAUCAAUAUAAUCUAUGCUGAUAUAUAAGUGAAUAUUUAAAAGGAGGUGCAUUAUAUGUACAAGAGACCAUCUGUGUAACUCCUAUCUUGUAGACUAACACUGUAUAUCAUAGGUUACGAUGACAAAUGCUUUGAAAUAGUAAUUUUUUUUCUUUCUUUCUUUCCCCUCUUUUUCUGAUUUUCCUUCUCUUUUAACAAAAUGCUGUACAUAAGGCCUUCAUGCUGAACUCCAUUGGUAUAUAUCUUGACUCUUUAAGGUUGCAAAGGGAAGAAACAUUUUUGUUUGUUUUGGUGUAAGAUCGGUUUUCAAAACUAUCACUUUGACUUUGUGUGCUUAAUAAAAAUGACGAAAAAAGAC